GCUGUGGAAGUGUCAGUCCGAAGUCCAGUUGCCUGCUGGUUUAGUGCUAUGCUUUAUUGCUUUGGUGGUUCAGUUUUGUCUUCGUUGAUGCUUGCAGAACCUCCAGUAGCAUUUCUGGCAAAGGGCACAAGUAUUCUACAGGCAUCUUCAGUCUGGUAUCUUGUGUUUUACUGCCCACAAGACAUAUUCUGCCGGUGCUUUGCCUUUCUGCCUCUUCGGCUUCUGGUUGCAGGAAUGAAAGAAGUGACUAGGACUUGGAAGAUAACAGCUGGCGUUGCACAUGCAGAUAGUCACUUCAAAGAUGCCUGGCUUGUCAUGGUAGCUGUGGGCUGGGCCAGAGGAGCUGGUGGUGGCCUAAUUUCCAACUUUGAGCAGCUGGUGAGAGGAGUGUGGAAACCUGAAACCAAUGAACUAUUGAAGAUGUCCCAGUAUUUAGAAUUUCUCUCCCUCCGUCAGUGC